AUGUAUUCUGAUAUUGAAUCAUAUGAAUUUCUUCCUAUGAGUGACGAACAUCAAUCAACAAAACGAACACGUCUUGAUAAUUUCAACUCAACAAUGAGUAGCUUCCCGGCUUCUUCUUCUGGUGCAUUAUUCGAAACAUCAAAGCAAGUUUCAAAGAAUUAUGUUCCUGCAGAAAUCAGGAAAGAUCUAUUCUUUCCUUCACAUAAGCCGAUAAACGAUAAACCAAUUGGUGAUCUACACAAUGAGACAAAGAAACCCAUAAAAAAAUUGGUGAUUAGGACUUUAAAAGUUCAACCAAAAUUACCUGAUAAUUUUGAAGAGAUUACAUGGGCUAAACUCCAAGCAGCUAUCCGUGCAAUUCAUAACUAUCAGCCUGUUAAUGAUAGUCUUGAGGAACUCUAUAAAGCAUGUGAAAAUCUUUGUUUGCACAAAAUGGCUGACAGACUUUAUUCAAGACUUCAAGAGGAAUGCGAAUCACAUCUUGUUAAAGAAAAAGAAAAACUUGACUGUGACAAUUCUGAUGAUGAGGCUUUCCUUCAAGUGGUUGAUCGAUGUUGGCAAGCACAUUGUGAACAAAUG